GAGAGAAAGAGAGAGAGAGAGAGUGAGAGGAGAACCCAGCUGCUGUGGUGGUGAGUGUGUGGCGGAAAUGGAGCGGUUUAUCUGUGGGAACUGAGCUGAGGAUCGAGGGGAGAAGUGCAUGUAGAAGGAAGGGUGUGUUUAGGAAGAAGCAGCAUUAAAAGGAGAGGUGGCCAUGCCGCCCGGGAAGCGAGCGGAUGGUCCGAGCAGUGGCAGCGUGGCACAGGGCCUGAGCCCACACUAUCAGGACCAGCUCUACCAGGACCCGACAGCAGGUGACCUUUCACUGUCCCUCUCCGCCUCUCUGAGCCGCGCCGAGGACGAGGAGCUGACCAGCCUGAGCUGGCUCCAUGAGAGCACAGACCUCCUGACCAGCCUGGGGCACCCGGGACUGCGCAGCGUGAGUCCCGUGCAGGACGCUCAGGGCUACAGUGGGUCUUCAUCACCAUCUCCCUCCAACUCCCCCAAACCCAACAGGGUUUCCCCCGGACUCGGACGCAAGCCCCCCUACUCCUUCAGCUGCCUCAUCUUCAUGGCCAUCGAGGAUGCCCCUACUAAGCGGCUCCCUGUCAAAGACAUUUAUGGCUGGAUCCUGGAACACUUCCCCUACUUUGCCAGCGCCCCCACAGGCUGGAAGAACUCUGUGCGGCACAACCUGUCGCUCAACAAGUGCUUCAAAAAGGUGGAUAAGGAUCGCAAUCAGAGCAUAGGUAAAGGUUCCUUGUGGUCUAUAGAUCCUGAAUACAGACACAAUCUGAUCCAGGCUUUGAAGAAAACUCCAUACCAGCCUUUCUCUCCUCAGCUUCCCACACUCACCUCUCCACAGCAAUAUCACAGUCGUCCUCUAUGGUCAGGAAGUCCACUUUUCAGAAAGAAUGGUGGAGUGGUCCUUCAAGUACCACAGAAAGUGAUCCAGCACAGCUCCAGGCUUGGUGCGGAAGGCCUUCUACCAGUCAUCAGACCCCUGCCUAUAAGUCCUGUGGGGAUGACAAUGGCAGCGAGAUCAGUCCUGAGUGAUUAUUUGACCCGAGAGAAAAGCAGUUUACCCACCGAUGAUCCACCAGUGGAGCACAGAUCUUCUUCCAGUCCCCGAAACAGCGUCCAUCUCCUCUGCAGCCAAAGCCGGGAGGUCAUCAGCAGAGUUCCAGAGCUCAAGCCGGAGCCCAGAGACUUCCCCCUGAGCGCCAUCGCUCCGGCCUCUCAGCAGCCCCUCAGCAAAGCAACAAACUGCACCAAAAGCCGCCUUUCAAAACCGGGCGACACUCUCCCUCUGAAGAAGAGACGAACAGAGAAACGUCUGGCCGGUGACGCAGAGGACGAGGAGAUGAAGGAGGCUGCGGGCUCACUGCUUCAUCUGGCCGGAGUACAAGCCUGUCAGAAUAAGAGCAGUCAGAAUGCCUCCAGAGUCCAGCGGGAGCCGAGAGAACCGGAGAAAGACUAGCAAGACUUGCAGGAGGUCGAGCGAUACUAUUCUUGCUAGCCUGUUCUUCCUCCUCAACAGCUCCCGCACUUCCUUUUUUAUGAUGUCAGGUGAAUUCAUACAUGGCAAUAUUGACCAGAAAUCAGCGUUUUACUUGUGUUCAAGCACUAUUUUUUUAACGGGUGUUGCUCACGCCUCAGUUGGUUUCUUGUGCACUCGAGUAAAGGGAUAUAAGCCAUAGUGAAAGUCAUUAAGGUGUGAUGAUUUUCAGUUUCCGCUUAUCACAUGGCUGACUAACACAGACGAUGUCAAAAUUCUUUCACCAGUAAAGAGACAGUGUAGACUUAGGCUGUUUUCACAUGUCUGCAAACCUGAGUUUGAAGUUCUAUAAAAACACUUCAACAGCAUAUUUAUACAUAAAAAGUAAAAAACAUAUUUUGUGAAGCAGCACUAUUUACCCCUGGCAAUUGUGCUUGUUUUAGCCUGACUUUUACUGGACUUCAAGUCUGUAGGUCUACCAGAAUAGCGAGUGUGUAGCUCUACUUAAAUAACUAUUAUUUCAUCUCAUUACAAAGAUUGCCUUUAAAUUUGUGUUGAUUUGUUUUUAGUGAUUAUUCUACUGCUGACUGAAAUACAACACAUUCAUAAAGCAUUUAAAAUAUACAUUCCUGUAGUCAAACUUGAUAAUUUAAUAAUUAUACCUCAUACGGUGUGUAACUGCAGGAAAUCAUUAAAAUAUGUAAAAGGGUUGGGAAGCACUGCCUCAGUCCAUAUGUAAGCAGAUGUUUUACCUGCGAGUGUGAACAUGACUGUGUUCCCUUAGGCGCUGAUCGUGACUACAGAGGCAACAGACCGGCCUGUGGGAGACAGAUCUGCCGGCCCAUGGGUAUUUAAAACAGAAUUUGUGGCCUAAUUACAGUGGAAUAGCGGAGAGACAUGAAACAGAAGUGUUUAGUGUUUCUAAAUGUCAAACAGUACAAAUUGUAUUGUAUAAAACUGUUAUCAGAUUAACUGCCCUUGUUAUAUUGUUUAUUAUUGUCCCUCAUCAUGCACAAUUCCAUGAAUUUCUUGCAAUUUAUGUACUGUGGGAUGUUUACAUGCAGAUGAGCCUCUUUAUCACCCAAGCUCCAGAGCAAACUAACAAGAAGACUUUGGAAAUAAAGUAGAUUUAAGUCAUUUUUUGUUUAAAGCAAAAAAAAAAAGAACUCGGGUUUGGAGUAUGUGUGAAAACAGCCCAUGAUAUCUCUACAACCUGCUGCUCUUACUUUGGGAAGUGCCAAAGAUAAUUCCUUUUAAAAUGAGUGCAAGCUAAUCCUCACGUUUAAUCAGAAGACUAACUCACAAAACAGUGAUGUUAAAACAGCCUGUGUGUUUCCUGUGUUCAUUGUUCUCAUCAUGUUGAUAUGACUUGUUGUUUCUCUUUUUCAGGGGUGCACAGCUCUUUAAUGAAACCUGUAAAAUAAGUAACUAAGAUUAGCUGAGCAGAAGCCAAGGCUACACAGUACAUCAGUAUUUUUUACUAAGCUGGAUAUCCUAAUAUUCUGAGGAGCGCUGUUUCUCCAUGCUGAGCUGUAAGUGAUCCUAGUGCGCAGUAAGCCUGCCUCAGCCUCUAAUGUCUGCCAAACAUUUUGCUACCAAAUGGAAACAUUUUCAUAGUUCCAAUGAUUCAUCUGAAGUUCCCAAAGGGACUGGAUUAGUUUUACGCGUCUGUAAAACUAAAAAUAAUUUUACACAUCUCCGCAGUCAGAAAACUCCGGAUUUGAUUGGUUUGAUUGGUUUUCUGUUCAUAAAGUUUACUGUUUAGAAAGUUUCCAUUUUGGAAAGUUUUUGAUUUGCAAUAAGCAAUGUGUUUAAUCUCUGUGGACACGGCAUAAAACACAGCAUAAAACACCUGCCUAGGAAGAGAGCCUUGAGUUUGGAUGGGACUAAAAUGGUCAGACUAGUUCAGUGAAAAGCUAAAAUUAAAGCCGAUCCAGAUAAAAAUUAGAUCAUAGACGAGCUCAUGUGAACACAAAUUAUCCCACGACACUAAUGCAUUUAAACCUGUUUGAAUAGAACAGACUUAACCAAUCUUGUCAGCAAAGGGCCGGUGUGACUGCAGGUUUUCAUUCCAGCCAAGCAGAAGCACGCCGCUACAUAUAAGGUGACUGACCACCUGAUUAAACAGGUGCAAUCCGGUCUGCUGAUGAUGGUUUACAAUAAAAAUCUGCAGCCACACCAAUCCUUUGUGGAUGGGACUGAACACACCUGAAAUCCCAUUGGAUUUUAUAACACAGGGCAUAAACAUCUUGCCACCAUGAAGAAAUCCAUGUUUCACUGCAGUUGCCAAGUUUAGGAGGCUUUAGCAUUUGAGCCUCUAAAACAGGGACUAACACAGUAAAGGUCUUAGUCAAAAGUGAGAAACCACAGCUAAUAGUGCUGCGUGUACGUUAGAGGACGUGGAAAUGAGCAGGGCAGAUAAAUAUAUAAUUAUACCCAUUGCAAGUACAAAUUUCAGUGUGUGUGUGUGUGUGUGUGUGUGUGGGUGGCAUUGAGCCUUGCUAAAUGCUCCCAGUGUUAGCUAAGCUAACUAAUAAGCAGUGAACAGACUGGACCACUGUUCUCCCCUUCUCUCUAAAGCUCCACAUUUUUUGUGCUCACAUUACAAUUUAACCACUCCCCAAUUCCAGCAAGUUUUGAAAAGGUUUGAUGGAGUUUCAUGUAAAACAGAGGAAUCAAGUGCUAGCCUUCAUGUGAAAAAUGGAAAAACAGCUGUAAACAUCAUGAACAUGAAUGUACUCAGUUUGUUUUGAGCUGAUUUAGAGAGGGAGUAGCGAACAUAUUCAGUAACAGUAACGUACUUUAAUCUUAAAGUUACAAUAGCUGUAAUUAUGAAUUAUGGGCUGUGCACUCCUGAAAUUAGCCAUUUUCUCAUUUUACAUAACAAAAAAGAAACUGGCAAAUCUUCCAUUCAGACAUUUAGCUAAAGAGCAGGUGAUAUUUUUUAAUGUUUCCAGCGCAUGUUAAAAAUGCAAAAUCAGAUGCAAUAUAUGAACCCUUUCUGCCAAGUGUGAUGUAAACAUCUAGAGUGAAUUCAUAACUGAAGCACACUUAAUACAAAUAUGUGUAUUAUAUGAAGCAAUGCCUAUUGUGUUACAAUAUCAAAACGUACCAGUCUGUUUUUACUUGAUUUAUUUGAUUUAUAUUGUUUUCUAGAACAACAUCAUUUUGGAUAAUAAUGGAUAAUUUGCAAUUUUGGAUAAGUGUAAAAAAGAUCAGAAUUUUAUUAUGACUAUUUUAUUAUUAUUUUUUUAUUUAAGCAUAUAAUUUAGCCGUACGUUUUCUCAGUUAUACUGCAUGGGUGCUUGUAAAUAAGAAGGUAUUUUUAAUCCACCAUACUCAAAGAUUAACGUAUGAUAGCUGAUGUAUUUAGCAUGAAGCAUGACUUAUUUUCCUACGACGGUAGAACAUUAGAGGUUUUUCUCUCAUUUUUUUAUCCCGUUGCUGUACGGAUGGUGUAUCUUUUCUGCAGACGACUCUUCUAACAGAAGAUACUUUAUGGAUUUUAACUCUCUGGAGCUCAGGAUUUUUAUUUGGGCUUCAGGUGAAACCGAUGCUGUUUGUUUGCGAUCCUCAGUUUUGGUGGUCCACAAAUUGUCAGUGUUGUUGUCCAGAUAUUGUAGAGAAUCAGUGUUGAGUGAGUUUUCACUCUUUACACCCUUUAAGCUUGUGCCUGCCUUCACUAUGUGUGCUCAACUGUCUUUAUAUGGUUUUAUUUUUUAUUUGAUUUUAUUUUUGUAUUGGUGUGGGUAGUUUAAAUCAGAUUAAUGGGCCCAUAUCAGGAUGUUUCUGACAUUUGUUAAUAUAAUAUUAUAUGAAAACAUUGCUGAAGUUUCAAAGCCUCUUAGUCCAAACAGAUUAUAUAUGGAAUACAAAUCUAAAAAAUCAGAUGGCACAAAAAAAUGAAACAAAAUCUUAACCUAAAUCAAACCAAUAAAACUGUAGCUGUUUAGCCACACCCAUUCAUGAUACAGAGAAAAGAUAUGGGCCCUUUAAUUAAUACAAUCAAGUUGGCAUUAAACGUUUGUAAUAAGGAUGCAUGAUGACAUCAGGAUCAUAUCAGUGUAUCUAAUCCCAAUUAUUACCAUAUAUUUGACAUGUCCAAAAGUAUCAUUACAGCCCACUCUAAUAAUAGAGUUCAGUCACAUUGCUGACAUUCACACACAGUGUGAUCUACAUAGCACAGCAUUGACCAAUUAAAAGGGGACACUCUGGAGCAGUCAUGAGCACAUAUAACCAUAAGGUCACCAUGCCUAGUGCAAAGCAUGGGCUGACAGGGUAUAAAGCCCACCAGCACUGGGCUGUGGAGGAGUGAAAAUGUGUUCUUUUAAUAUUGAAGCUGGAGUGGAACAACUGUGAAUCCACCGUCAGUAACUGUCCUCACUGAUGCUCUUACUCUUGGGGCUGAAUGCAGUCAAAUCGAAUCCUCCUCAUAUACAGUAUUCCAACAGCUAAUGUGAAGUCUUCCCAGAAUACUAAAGGCUGUUAGUGCAGCAAUUGAUCACAAACAUCCUGUUAAUACCCUUGAUUUCAGAAGCAACACUAAAAGUGUUUGGACGUGUGGCAUUUAUGCAUGAAAAAUAUCACAUAUUGUAAUCCUGCUGUUGGAAUAAGUAACACAUUUGAUGAAUGUCAUUAUAGCUUCAUUCAUCUCAACACAAUCCCACUUUACAUGGCCCAGAAUAAGCUUUCUGUGCCAUGAAAUUCACCUUUAAUAAUAAUAAUACUCUCUGCUGGCAGUAUAUGUUAUAGCAUAUAUAUACCUUUGGAAGCCACAGUUACCAUCAUCAAUAGUAAAGUCAUGUAGUUUUAUAUAAAGGUUUUCUGACCCAGAAAGGUUUUCUGUGUAGAAAGUGCAGAUUGUAAACUGUGAAUCCAUCCACUAUUUGUACCAUUUGUGGCAUCAAAACAGAAAAAAAUCAGAAUUGUAGGCUGCUCCCUGUAAAAGCAUUCCGAAUGUUAAAACAAAUCAUUAAAUAACUCACUAAUUGCAUUGUAAUAUAACAGCACUCUUCUUGUCUUCUAAAGGUUAACAUGCUGCUGAGUUUUGAUCUUUGAGAUUUAAUCCACACCACAAUAUGUAACACACUGUGUAUAUGAGCAUAGCCUGCUGUUAAUACGACACUUAAUAAGACACACACAAAUUCAGCUCUUGAGUCGAGUUUGUAACUAAUGCCAACAUGACUCAAGCAGAAGUGUGCAUGAGGUUCAGGAAAGGUUUUUAAGUUUCGUUUUUUGUUUCAACUCUCUGCAAGUUUUUAAACCACCACUAAUAGAAUAGUGAUAUGUGUCUUGUGUUGUUGACACUUGUCUUUACAUGGUAUUUGUGUCCAAUACUCAGAUAGCAAUCCCAUGCAAAGUAAAUCUGCCAAUUUUCUCAAUGUGCAAUCAUGACUGCCAAAGAACACGUUCAUGACUACCUGUAAAUAACUUCACACUCUCUUAGGUAAUGAAAAAAACAAUGUCAUGUCUUUACAAUCAUUUGUUUCACUUGAGAAUUACAUACAAUGUUUAUGUAAUGUAUUGUCUUCCAGUUGCAAUAAUAAAGGAUCCGUUUUAAAGGGA